AUGGAACGAGAUAACCAGACAUGGGUGAGUGAAUUCAUUCUCCUCGGACUGACCAGUGACCGGGACACUCAAGUCUCCCUCUUUGUCCUCUUCUUGGCCAUGUACCUGGUGACAGUGCUGGGGAACUUCCUCAUUGUCCUUCUGAUCAGACUGGACAGCCGGCUGCACACGCCCAUGUAUUUCUUUCUCACCAACCUCUCCCUCGUGGACGUGUCUUAUGCCACCAGCAUCGUCCCUCAGCUGCUGGUGCAUCUCCUGGCAGAACACAAAGGGAUCCCAUUCCUGAGCUGUGCUGCACAGUUGUUUUUCUCCCUGGGCUUGGGCGGGAUAGAGUUUGUUCUCCUGGCAGUGAUGGCCUAUGACCGCUAUGUGGCAGUGUGUGACCCCCUGCGCUACUCAGUCAUCAUGCAUGGAGGCCUGUGCACUCGGUUGGCCAUCACAUCCUGGCUCAGUGGCUCCAUCAACUCGCUCCUGCACACGGCUAUCACUUUCCAGCUGCCCAUGUGCACAAACAGGUACAUUGAUCACAUAUCCUGUGAAACUCUGGCUGUGGUCAGGCUGGCCUGUGUGGACACCUCCUCCAAUGAAAUUGCAAUCAUGGUUUCUAGCAUCAUCCUCCUGAUGACACCCUUCCUGCUGGUGCUCCUGUCCUACAUCCAGAUCAUCUCCACCAUCCUGAAGAUCCAGUCCACGGAGGGGAGGAGGAAAGCCUUCCACACCUGUGCCUCUCACCUCACUGUGGUCGCCCUCUGCUAUGGGACCACCAUUUUUACCUACAUCCAGCCCCACUCCAGCCCCUCUGUCCUUCAGGAGAAGCUGAUCUCUCUCUUCUAUGCCACUGUGAUGCCCAUGCUGAACCCCAUGAUUUACAGUCUACGGAAUAAGGAGGUGAAGGGCGCCUGGCAGAAACUAUUAGGACAAUUCUCUGGGUUAACUUCAAAACUGGCAACACCAUGACUCAGGAGCAUCACUGGAGAAGGGAGCUAUGCCUGAGUGCUCCCCACCCAACUUUAUGGGACAGGCUUCAGCUGCAUUGCCCUGGCAACCAGGAAGCAGAUGACAUAAUGUGCUGGUGUGUUAUGUAGGUGCCUGUUAUGGAGGUGUGUUGGGGAUGGGAUGUGGGAGUAUUUUAUAUCACAGCAGCGUGUUUGGUGGAGUUAAGCACUGCUGAUAUUGAUCUCACCUCCCUCUCUCAAUCUCCAUUCCCGAGGCCCAAGACAGGACAGACUUUUUGAUUCAUCAUAUUGUUUCUAAUUGUGACCCUAUUCACAGUUCUUCCCUUGGACCCCUUGUCCUUAGCAGACACAUUUUGGGAAAGGUUUAAGUGUUUCCAGUGGAAACAAAAUGCAUUUUCACAUUUGAAGUCUCACCUAAAAUAACGGGUGGUAUUGUAGCACGUGCAGUAACUGCAUGAAUCAACCCUCGGAGGAGAGUGCUGUUGUCAAGGCUGAUGGAAGAGUCUUUGCAGCACCCAUUGAUUGUGGAUGCAAUGCCAUUCACCAAGUGAUGCAAGACUGGAGAAAGUUUAAGGUCUUUUGCAGUAAUUGGUUUUAAAAGAAAGGUAGUUUGCACACAGGGCAUUUGGUGGCCAAGGGAAUACCACGCACAGUGGUGCAUACCUGUAGUCCUUGCACCUCAGGAUCCUGAUUGAGGAGGAUCACAAUUCAGCA